AUGGGGAGGCUAAGAAGGCGAGGUGGAGAGGACGGAGAAGGUGAGGUGGAGGAGAUUGAGAAGAAAAAUGUGAAUUGGAUAGCAGCGCUGUGCACGCUGUGUGCCGCUCUUGCAGCGGCCACAGGCACAGCCCCAGGACACCGGCACACUGUACAGUGUGCCGGUGAUUGUCAGGAGGCGCUGGCUCUGUCCAGCAGCCUCCUGGAGGACAGGCGGGUCCUCGAGCACGAGGUCGCCCGCCUGACGGAAGCACUGGAGGACGCCCAGCAGGGCAACCUCAGGCUGAGUGCCAAACACUCAGACGUCCUGGGGGAGCACCUGCAGCAGGAGCGCGCGCUCCUGCGCCAGGAGCAGUUGACUCUGCACCACCAGCACGAGGACCUGCGACAAGAGCACGCGGCCCUGCUUGACAAGCAUGCGGCCCUGCUCGAGGAGCAUGAGUCCCUGCAGGGGGUGCAUGAGACCCUGCGAACCGUCCAUGCUGGUCUUGUAAAGGACCAGCGUGACCUUGAGGCCGCCCAAGGCGGCCUCAAGAAGAGCUACCGGAGCGUGCGGCGCGAGCUGCACAGUCUCCGGCAGCAACACGACAGCCUGAGGCAGGACCACCUCCGGCUGCAGGCUAUCAAGGAAAGCCUGCUAGAUGACGUGGACGAGAUGGCCGGCCUGAACCACCAGAUGGUCGAGGCCGUCUCCGUCAUCAGAGACGAUUGGAAGAAAACAGAAGAGGCCAGAAAACACCUUAUGGAGUCUCUUCUGUUGAAGACUGCUAUGGAUAAAAGAAGGGCCCUGACAGAGGCCGAAGAGAAGUAUGGAAGGCUGAUGGAAGAAAAGAAUGCACUGGAAGAAGAACUGAUUCAGGCUAAGAAGAAUUACAGACAGGCAGUGCAAGACGACGAGACUCACGAAGAGACAGAGAAGCGUCCCCAGGACCAAGAAGGCGGCUUCCAUCAGCCGCAAAACAUGGUCCCUGGAGACGCAGCCAUGGAGUCUCAGGAAAGUAGCCAGCAAGCUGUUGAACACGCAGAAAGGCUUGCUAAUGCUGUGAAUGAGCAGUUGCUGGAACGUGCACGGCUAUUGCUAGAAGUGGAGGAAAAUAACACCAAGGCACAGGGACCUGAGAGAAACAUCGUAGCAUUGAAGCCUCGGGAAAGUAGCCAGCAAGCCUCUGAACACGCAGGAAGGCUUGCUAAUGCCGUGAAUGAACAGUUGCUGGAACGUGCACGGUUAUCGCUGGAAUUGGAGGAGAACAACACCAAGGCACGUAAAAGGAAACGUAAGAGAAACAUCGUAGCAUUGAAGCCUCGGGAAAGUAGCCAGCAAGCCUCUGAACACGCAGAAAGGCUUGCUAAUGCCGUGAAUGAACAGUUGAUGGAACGUGCACGGUUAUUGCUGGAAUUGGAUGAGAACAACACCAGAGAAGGACAGGAAACACAGAAAAGAAACACAAAAGAAAGAUCAGGGAAAGGAAUGAGUUAUAAAUCGCCUGAGAGGAGCGAAGGUUUGCUUUCCUUCAGCGUGUCUCAGGCGUCCCACGAACACGUUGUGACCUUGAUCCGUAAGUCUGGCGACCUGGUGCAGAUGGUGAUGGUGACUCCAAGCCCCAUGAUCUCCUGCACGGCCCUCAAGCCUCCCACUGGCAACACUGGCACAAUAUGA